AUGGUGCUCACAAUGAAUCAGAGGACGCCGGUUCGAUCCUGCCAUCCUGCGAAAAAGCUAUUUGAUGAUCCAAAAUCGGUUCUUCGAGAAAUACUGCAGUCAGAAGGUGCAAGUCCUGGAGCAGAAGAACAAUACACCUUCCGAGCCAUUGGUGAGCAAUCUCCUCCACUGAUUGAAAUAUUGUCUUCAUCUUCAUCUUCACAAUCAAGUUCGUCUUGUUCAUCUUCUUCGGAGUCAACCUCAUCUGAUUCAUCUACAAGCUCUUCCUCGUCCUCUGACUGCACUGUUGCUGAUAUUCUAUCAACACCUACUGCUACUAGAACUGCAUCUCCACCUCCAACUUCUACACCAUCUGGUUCAGAGGAAGAAGACAUAGACUUGGAGGAAGAAUCUUUAUCCGAAGAAGAGUUGGAAUCGGAUGGUGAUGAAAAUUUGGAAGUAUUGACUGAUGAAGAGUUAGAUGAAGAAGACAGAAGUUUUCCACUUGUUGAAGAUUCAUCAUCUACUGAAGAGAUGUCGGAGGCCUACUGUCGGAGCCCGUCGGACCAAUGGGUUAAGGUCUUAAAAUUGUGGAAGGCAUCGGAAGGUGUCGGAGACUUGACGGAAGGUGUCGUGUCGGAGAGCGUCGGACUAGUGGGUUUCCUGCUUAAGCGGAAAAUGGAUUGUAUCACGAUUGACUUCCGUGACUUUGUCGAAAUGGCGUUUGAAUUGUAA